AUGUAUCCUCCUACUCCACCUCUAACUAGAGACUAUAUCGACAAUUUCCAGCUUGGUCCUAUUGUGGUUAGCGCCCUAGGAUCUUUUCUGGUCUUUACCGAACCCAUUGGAGGAGAAAUUACUGUUGCCUCAGAAUCUGCCCUGCAUAAAUCCACUCCUAAAACAGCCAAGGAGAAUGCUCUAGAUGAGCAGUUAAAGGCUAGCAGGUUCUCAACAGCCAGUGAUACGUCUAAUGCUAGAGGAUGCUACUACACAUCAAUUCCACAUGUGAUCAAACACAAAGGAAUCGAUGUCCAGCAGCUUACUUCUUUGAAUCUUGACAAGACACAUUUGUUAGAAAGUGUACUACAAAAAGAUUAUGGAGGUUCUGAGGAUAUGCUUCUUGGGGAGCUGCAAUAUGCCUUUGUUGCAUUUUUGAUGGGGCAAUCACUUGAAGCCUUUCUACAGUGGAAAGCACUGGUCAAUCUUUUAUUUGGAUGUACUGAAGCUGUUGUCACUGUAUUUGUUCAACAACUGGGAUAUCAUGAAUGGGAUGGAAGUCGUAGUUGGUUUCAACAGAACGGUGAUAAAUGCAAUACGAAGUGGACUGCUAUCUACCUUAUUCCAAAAGUAUACCCACACUUGAUUUCUGCUGCAACUGGUCAGACUAGCAUGAUGGAGUCAGUUCCUGAUCUCCAGAGUUCUAUGUAUAUGAUGCUUGACGGAUAUCCUUGUGUUCGACUACUCAAUCUUUCUGGGGAGAUUGGUUGUUCGAAUCCUGGAAGAGAGAAGGUUGUUGCUCCAAUUAUCAGACUGAAUAAAUCCAAUGAGCUAUCUCAGUUAUCUGCAGUUUUGCUUGCAGUGGAUGAAAUUGAAAGCUUUUUUGCCAGAAUAUUGAAUGAUACGACGUUUGCUAGCAACAUUGCUGGUGUAUUGGUUGAAUCAGAGCCUGAUAUUCAAAAUAAGUUAGAAGGAUUCUCUCCAGCUUUGAAGUUCCCACAAUCAAAUUUUGCUCCUUACAGAAGCAUCAACUAUGAAUGGAACCCAAUUGGAACUGGUAUAAUGUGGAACACGUAUAACUUUCCUGUAUUCUUACUCUCCAAGAGUAGCACAUUGACCUUGCAGCAGGCUGCCUUAAACAAUGAGAAGAGCAAGAAAUCUUAUACUGCCGAUGUUGCUGAGUUUGAUUUGGUUAUGCAGACAAUGAAAGCUGGCACUCAUGAUUCAGAAUCUUGCUUAGAGGAAAAUACAUGCCUUCCUUUAGGUGGAUACAGUGUUUGGUCAUCGCUUCCCCCAAUCAAUAUUUCAUCAGCAGAACAGUCCAAGCCCAUAGUACUUGCAGCAGCAUCAAUGGAUUCGGCAUCCUUUUUUCGUGAUAAAAACCUUGGUGCUGACUCCCCGAUAUCUGGACUGAUUUCAUUGCUGGCAGCAGUUGAUGCACUUUCUAAGGGGGAUAUUGUGGAUGACUUAAAUAAACAGCUUGUAUUUAUUGUUUUCACCGGAGAGGCCUGGGGUUACCUUGGCAGCAGGAGAUUUUUGCUGGAACUCGAUCUGCAGUCUGAUGCUGUUAGUGGCCUUAACUACUCAUUGAUUGAGACGGUUGUCGAAAUUGGUUCCAUUGGGAAGGUCCUCAACCAAGAAGCUAAGAACUUCUUCGUUCAUACAGCUGGGACUUCCUCUGCCACAAAUGCGACACUAGAUGCUUUGAGGACUGCACAAGAUUCAGUCAAGUCUGACCAUAUUGUUGUCUUGUCUGCAAAUGCUUCAAAUCCUGGGAUACCUCCAUCUUCCUUGAUGGCUUUUCUGAGAAAGGACUCUCUAACCUCUGGGGUUGUAUUGGAAGACUUUGAUACUGUCUUCACAAACAAGUUCUACCACAGUCACCUUGAUGAUUUAUCAAAUAUAAACUCCUCAGCAAUUGUCGCGGCUGCUUCCCUUGUAGCACGCACCCUUUACAUUCUUUCCAGUGGCGAUAAAAAUACAAGCAGUUCUGCUUUAACAUCCAUCAAUGUGAAUGUUUCACUGGUUGAAGAACUAAUGGGUUGCCUAUUAGGCUGUGAGCCAGGUCUUUCUUGUGAGCUGGUAAAAAAUUAUAUAACACCAGCGACUACCUGCCCCAGCAACUAUGUUGGCGUUAUCCUUGAUGAACCUUCAUCCACCCCGUAUAUUGGAUAUGUUAGUGAUAUUUCAAGGUUUGUUUGGAACUUCCUGGCUGAAAAAACUUCUAUCUCGAAGGAAAAUGCUACCUCUGUUUGUUCUAAAGAUUGCAAUAAUGAUGGUAAAGUCUGCAUCGGAGCAGAGACAUAUGGAAAGGGAGUCUGUGUCGUCUCCACAACCAGAUAUGUUCCAGCUUACUCAACACGGUUGAAAUUUGGAUCUGGAUCCUGGACUGUAUUGCCUCCAAAUAACUCUGAUCCCAUGGGACUGUUGGAUGCCGUUUGGACAGAAAGUAACUGGAAUACAAUUGGUCUCCGAGUCUAUACUGUGCAAAAUUCUUCGUUCGAUAAUAUUGUUUUACUUGGGAGCAUCGCCAUUACAGUCUUGGCUUACCUCGCAAUAGUGAUUACUAAAGCCUUUUUAACAAAGGCUUUAAAGCGUGAUUGACAAAAACAACUUUUGUAAUUUGCAGGCUUGCCUAUUCUUGCAUUUAAUAGCUGCAUCCUUGCUUAUAAUCUGUAGGUUCAGUUUUCAACUUUACCCAAUGUACCAAAUAUUGUAGUUGCUCAAGCUAAUACUUUACUGUCUUUACCCGAAUUUUGCACGGUGUGAACAACAUUACAUGUGUGAAGUAUCCCAGGUGAAAAUAGAGAAUUCAACUAGAGCUGCGUGGUUUCAAUCUCUGUAUUGGGAUGCCUACAUGGAGUUGCAAUAUGUGCACAUAGCAUUCCU